CUACAUAUAUUUUCCUAGUCUUUUAACAACUAUAUUUAAAUAACUGUCCACCUAUCCAGUUGAAAAUGGAAUAUAAUUUCUUUUGUUUACAACGGAGUAACUUUGUCUGAUUCAAAAUUUUGUCGGAGUUUCAGAGAGAGACGCACAGAAAAACUAAGCUUUAGGAGAGAAAAGAUGGGAGGUGGACAUGGAGGUCAUGGAACAACUUACAAGGGCAUGACUCUUCACACUCCUAAACGAUGGCAUUCCGUCACCGGCAAGGGCAUGUGCGCUCUUAUGUGGUUUUGGGUUCUUUACAGAGCUAAACAAGAUGGUCCAGUUGUAUUGGGUUGGAGACACCCUUGGGACGGGCAUGAUGAUCAUGGACAUGGUGGACAUUAGACAGGCAGCUGAGUUAUGCUGCUGGAUGGUGAAAAGAUUUGAUGUGUUAUCAGACAUUUGGAAGAUUACUGCCGUUUUGGAUUCUUCAAAUUAUGUUAUUAGGUUCUAGUCAUUUGUUUGUUUGUGAAGGCCGAAUAUUGUCUUCACCAAAUAAUGUGUUUUAAAGAGUAACAUGAUCAUGUUUUGGACCGUUUUUUGUAUGAUAUGAUACGUAAGUCCACUCGUAUUCAUUAUUAAAAAGAAUGGCUUAUGUAUCUGCAACAAUAAGCAAGCUUGAGUUGGGUUUGAGGCGUAAAACCUUGUGAAUGAAAUUGCUUGUCAAAAUCAUUUUCCAAAUGCGCACAUACAUAAUUCAAUA